GUGAUAUACUGCAGCGGUGUCAGGGUGAGGGACGGCCAUAUUUGCCGGUGCGGCCCGAGCCGUCAACAACAAAAAGUGCGCGGGAGCGCGGCGGGAGCACGGACGGGCGCCCGGACGCGGGGGCCGCCUCGCCGCCGCCCGGCCUCGCCGCCGCCUCGCCGCCGCCCCCGCGGGCCUGGCCCCGGCGCCCCUGCGCGCCCCGCCGCUCGCGGGGAUGUCUUACAAACCGAACUUGGCCGCGCACAUGCCCGCCGCCUCCCUCAGCGCCGCUGGGAGUGUCCACCCGCCCUCCACCAGUAUGGCCACAUCCUCCCAGUACCGCCAGCUGCUGAGUGACUACGGGCCACCAUCUCUAGGUUAUACCCAGGGAACUGGGAACAGCCAGGUACCCCAAAGCAAAUAUGCUGAGCUGCUGGCCAUCAUUGAAGAGUUGGGGAAAGAGAUUAGACCCACCUAUGCAGGGAGCAAGAGCGCCAUGGAGAGACUAAAACGAGGCAUCAUUCACGCCAGAGGACUGGUUCGAGAGUGCUUGGCUGAGACGGAACGGAAUGCCAGGUCCUAGCUGCCUAUCAGCGUGGAAGGUUUUCCAUCUUCUUCCAAGACCAGAAGUUACAGCUCAUCUCCCAUGUUCAGAUGAAACUCUUGUUUUCAAAAUGGUAACAGUUUGGUUUCUCCUUCCCGUGUCCCUCCCAUGGUUCAUGAGGCUCUGAGAUUGAGAAAUACUUUGCAGUUGACUAGGAUUUACAUUUAUAUAGGAAUUACCCAGGGUUUUUUGUUUUUAUUUUUAUUUUUAUUUUUUAAGCAUUUUUAUUUUUUUGUUUUCUUUUUUUUAAGCAUUGAAAGAUGCACGUAAAAGAUCCCUAUCUCACAGCAGAUAUCCCAGCUCCUUUCAUCCUCUUUUUGGAGUACACUUAAGUUACUCAGAUUGUUUUACAUUAUCUUUCAUAAGCUAAUACAACUCUGAGGGUUUUGUUUUGAGUGCAUACGUUUGCCACAUGGUGUGGAUUCUGCUUAAUGUAACUUCUUUUGAGCUUAAUGAAGCAUUUGCUUGCAUGACUAUUAGUGCUUUGAGGUCAAUUUAAAAAAUGCACAAGUUAUAAAUACAGAAGAAAGAGCAACCUACCAAACCUAACCUAACAAGAACUCCCCCUCCCCCAGCAAAAUUUUCCUACUAAGACUGUGUGGAUUUCAGUUCUGCUUUUCCUGUACGUUGAUCCAAACAUCUGGAAGAAAAUGACUAAAACUGUUUGCAUCUUUGUAUGUAUUUAUUACUUGAUGUAAUAAAGCUUAUUUUCAUUAACAAUUUG